ACGGCACAUUUUUCAAAUCGAAAGUAAAGUUUUCAGCAGAUUAUCAGGAGGAGGAAAGGGACAGCUGGCUGUGAACUGAUGUCCUCACUGUGUUUCUGAAGACUUCCUUUAGUGAGAAGCAGAUUAACUUUGUGCUUGUUGGAGUUUCUACAGGAAGAUGAAGAUGUUUGUGGUGUUUGUGAUCCUCGUGCACGUUUCCCAGCAUGCCUCAGCUGUGGAGCUGUAUGAGGGGGAGGAGUCUGUCCUGCUGCCCUGUGAGUUUCAAACAUUUGACAUAGACGACCCCACAGUGGUGUGGAGCCGCUAUGAUCUCGAUCCUCCAACCGUCCACCAGCGUCAGCAGGAAGGUGAUGAACUUAGAGACCAAAACCAGCUUUACAGCGGCCGAACAUCCAUGAUGACUGAUGCUCUGGAAACUGGAGACCUCAGCCUCAAGCUGACAAAACUCCAGCUCUCUGACAGCGGCAGCUACACCUGCACCGUCAGAGCGUUAGGAGGACAACAGAGAGUGGCAGAGAUACAGCUGCAGGUCAAAGAACGAUUUCCACCCUGGGUCAAAGUUCUCCUGGUUCUCCUGGUUCUCCUGGUUGCUGGUCUUGUUGCUGCUGGGGUUCUUCUGGUACAUUUCCGGCAGUAUUUCAUGUCAGUCUACAAGGUGGAGGUGGAUUCAGAGGUGGAGUCUGUACUGCUGCCCUGCAAAGCCACAGUUCACCUGCCUGAAGACGGCACAGUGGAGUGGAGGGACGGAGACAACGAUGUGCUCCACGUAUAUAAGAACGGCUCUGACCAGCCUGAAGAACAGCACAGUUUUUACAGAGACCGAACAGAGAUGAAGAGAAAUGCGCUGAGAACUGGAGACCUCAGUCUGACCCUGAAAUACCCCACAGACAGAGACAGAGAAACCUACACCUGCACCGUCUACAGCAGGGAGAGAGACAUCCUGAUGAAGAAACAAGUCCUGCUGCAGGUCAAAGUCUGUCAGGUGGAGGUGGAGGAGGGGGCGGAGUCUGUCCUGCUGCCCUGCAAGACCACAGACAACCUGCCUGAGGACGCUACAGUGUGGUGGACACUAUGAUCCCUAUAAGA